UGGAGCACCGUGGGCGAGCCCGGCUGCUCCGGGAGAAGUUGAAGGCUGGGCCCCAGAGCCGGCUGCGAGGGGGCGGCCGACACCGGGUGUCCAAGGAGGAGCCCGAGCAUCCCGGCUGGCAGGGAGAGCGGGCGGCCGGGCUUCAUGGACAGCUCACGCCAACAUGGUCCUCGCCCUCAACGGCAGUCACCUCUACGGUAACCUCCGGCCCUCGGUCUUGGAGGACCCGCGGGCGCUGAGCGGCGGCAGGAUGAUCGCCGGCUCCUGGCCGCCGCGCAGCCUGGCGAAGCUCGGCCCGUCGCCUCCCGCGUCGGCUCUGCCCACGGCGAGCCCCCUCCCAGCCAACGACUCCCAGUGCGGUGAGCAGAUCCUCAGCUACGGCAACGUGGAGAAAGUUAUCAUCGGGGCUGUCCUCUCUCUCAUCACCUUGCUGACCAUCGCCGGUAACUGCCUGGUGGUCAUCUCCGUCUGCUUCGUGAAGAAGCUCCGGCAGCCCUCCAACUAUCUCAUCGUCUCGCUGGCCCUGGCCGACCUCUCGGUGGCCUUGGCCGUCAUGCCCUUCGUCAGCGUGACCGACCUCAUCGGCGGCGAGUGGAUUUUCGGGCGCCUCUUUUGCAACGUCUUCAUUGCCAUGGAUGUCAUGUGCUGCACAGCCUCCAUCAUGACCCUCUGCGUGAUCAGUAUCGACAGGUACCUGGGAAUAACACGACCUCUCACCUACCCUGUAAGGCAGAAUGGGAAGUGUAUGGCCAAGAUGAUUCUGUGUGUGUGGCUCUUAUCUGCCUCUAUCACUAUACCCCCACUCUUUGGCUGGGCCCAAAAUGUAAAUGAUGAAAAAGUUUGUUUGAUUAGUCAAGACUUUGGCUACACCAUCUACUCCACAGCAGUUGCAUUUUAUAUUCCGAUGUCGGUGAUGCUUUUCAUGUACUAUCAGAUUUACAAAGCUGCCAAGAGGAGUGCUGCUAAACACAAGUUUGCUGGUUUUCCCCGUCCAGAAGAAGUGGAUGGGGUUUCUAUGAAUGGAGUUGUAAAACUGUACAAGGAAUCUGAAGAAUGUACUAACUUUUCUCGACUCCUAAAGAAUGACAAGAAAAACAUUUCGAUCUUUAAAAGAGAACAGAAAGCUGCCACCACGCUUGGGAUUAUCGUUGGGGCUUUUACUAUCUGCUGGCUGCCCUUCUUCCUCCUCUCCACUGCCAGACCCUUCAUCUGUGGUACAGCAUGCAGCUGUAUCCCACUGUGGGUUGAGAGAACAUUCCUAUGGUUGGGUUAUGCAAACUCUCUCAUUAACCCUUUUAUAUAUGCCUUCUUCAAUCGGGACCUGAGGACAACUUAUCGCAACCUCCUGCAAUGCCGAUAUAGGAACAUCAACCGGAAACUAUCAGCUGCAGGGAUGCAUGAGGCUCUGAAGCUUGCAGAAAAGCCAGAAUUUGUUCUGAGAAGUCCUGAUUUCUCCAGGGAAAAAGAAUCAUGACCAAAUGUGCAUCAAAGCAUUCAGGAAAAGUCAAACCAGAACUGGAAGAAAAAUGAAGAGUUGGCUUCUGAAGAAUGGGGUAGAUACAUGAAACAUACUUCAUCUUCUUUUGAUGGGAAUGUGCUAAACCUACUCAAUGAGGUCAAUACAUUCCAUUAACUAUAUUUCUAUUGGAAGUAGUCACAUCUUGUUUGUUAUGGGGCGAAGUGCUGUUACAUACAAAUAAAAAUAGCUUUCUGCCUGAGAAAGCCAAAUAAUUUCAGCAAUAAGAGUUUGGAACACUG